GGGGGCCGCUGCGCCCCUAAGGCUCUGCAGCUCUGCAACAACCCUGAGGGCUACCUGGCUGCCUACAGCCUCCUGGCUAUCUUCCAAGGUAUUGUGGUAAAUGGCCUGAUUAACAUUAGUAUUUCAACAAUUGAGAAGCGUUAUGAGUUGAACAGUUCCCUCACUGGCUUAAUCUCUGCAAGCUAUGACAUUGCUUUUUGUAUACUGUCACUGUUUGUAUCUUUCUUUGGAGAAAGAGGGCACAAACCACGAUGGCUUGCUUUCUCAGCAUUUAUGCUAGGAUUGGGCUCACUUAUAUUUUCCUUACCACACUUCAGUAGUGGAAAAUACCACUAUGGAGCUAAACUUGAAGACACCUGUCGAAUUCCAGGAACAAGCUCUGCUAACUUCACUUGCAGUGCCAGCACAAAGUCUUCACUUCCCAACUAUCUGUAUGUCUUUAUCCUGGGACAGCUGCUGCUGGGAGUUGGAGGAACUCCACUGUAUACGUUGGGGACAGCUUUUAUUGAUGAUAGUGUCCCAAAACACAAGUCUUCCCUUUAUAUAGGAAUUGGCUAUGCCAUGUCACUGCUGGGUCCUGCUAUUGGCUAUGUCUUAGGAGGGCAGCUACUUAAUAUUUAUAUUGAUAUCCAGAUCCCAGAAAGUACUAAGAUGGAUCAAGAUGACCCACGUUGGCUUGGAGCAUGGUGGAUAGCAUUUCUUGCAUGCUUUCUAGCAAUUUGGCUUCUUAUAAUACCUUUUUCAUGCUUUCCGAAACACCUACCAGGAACAGCAAGAAUACAAGCUGAAAAAAUCUCUGAAACACAUAACGAUGGAAGUGAGGUGCUUGUUGAGACCAAGAAUAUUGGAAAAAGUUUUAAAGACUUUCCCAUGGCUCUCCUGAUACUGUUGAAGAAUCCAGUGCUUAUGAGUCUAAUAAUAGCCAGUUCUUCAGAAGCUCUAGUUGCCACUGGCUUUGCCACAUUUCUACCAAAGUUUAUAGAAAAUCAGUUUGGAAAGACGUCGAGUUUUUCAGCAACUCUUGGAGGGCUUGUAUUAAUUCCAGCAGCAGCACUAGGCCAAAUAAUAAGUGGCAUCUUGGUUUCCAAGUGCAAAAUGGAUUGCAAAAGCAUAAUCAAGUUCAUGAUAGGCACUUGUUCAGUGGCCCUACUAUUAAACACAGUGUUUUUAUUUGCUAAAUGUGGGAAUGAACCUUUCGCAGGUGUCUCUGAAACAUAUAAUGGGUAA